AUGUCACUACUUAUUCCAGGUCCUAGAGCUCCUGGAAAUGAUAUUGAUGUGUAUCUGCAGCCUUUAAUUGAUGAAUUGAAAGAACUUUGGGAAAAAGGUGUAGAGACAUAUGAUGCGUCAGUCAAAGAAACCUUCCAGCUGCAUGCAUCUAUUUUAUGGACUAUUAAUGAUUUUCCUGCUUAUGCGAAUCUCUCGGGAUGGAGUACUAAAGGGAAAUUAGCUUGCCCUUGUUGUAACAUGGAUACAUGGUCAUUGAGGCUACCAAAUGGACGAAAACAUGCUUAUAUGGGAAGUCGUCGAUUUUUGCCGCUUGAUCAUUAUUGGCGAAAUAAUGCAAAGGCCUUUGAUGGAAAUAAAGAAAAGCGACCAGCCCCCAAACAAUUAUCAGGAGACGAUAUUGUUGAACAACUGCAAAAUUUUAAUCAGGUGCAAUUUGGUAAAUUUACAAGGAAAAGAAAGCGAGGAGAGAUUCAAUUACCCGGGAAUUGGAGGAAAAAAAGCAUUUUCUUUGAGUUGCCCUAUUGGAGAUAUCUAAAAUUACGGCACAAUCUAGAUGUCAUGCAUAUUGAGAAAAAUGUAUGUGACAAUAUAAUUGGAACAUUGAUGAAUCUUGAAGGAAAGACAAAAGACAAUAUAAAUUCUCGUUUUGAUUUAGCAUACAUGGGUAUUCGACCUGAGCUUCAUGCAACCACGAUUGAUGAAGAUGAAGCUAAGAUUGCUGGACCAGUACAAUAUCGUUGGAUGUAUCCUAUCGAAAGAUACUUACGCAGGCUUAAAUCAUACGUGGGAAACAAGGCUCAUCCCGAGGGAUCUAUUGCAGAAGCUUAUAUUGCGCAAGAAUGUUUGCAUUUUUGUUCAAGGUUGCAUAAGGAAAAAUUGAAGAAUGAAAACUCACAGCAUGUGGAGCAAAGACAUGCAAAAGAAUUUUACCAAUGGUUUAAAAAACAUAUUACGUUUCUGAAAAAUGUCGCGGAUGAAAGCAUAAAUGAAUCAUUAUUUGACUUGGCUUGUGGCCCUGAUACACGUGUUUUUAGAUAUACAAGUUAUCUUAUAAAUGGUUGGAGGUUUAAUAUAAAGGAUCGUGAUAUGCAUUUAAAAUCUCAAAAUAGUGGAAUUCUAGUUAAAGGGGAUAAUAAUACAGGUAAUUUAGAUUAUUUUGGUGUCUUAACAGAUAUUGUGGAAUUAAUGUACUCAAGUGGAAACAAUGUGAUUUUAUUUAAAUGUGAUUGGUGGGAUGUUUCUUCUAGAGGAAGAGGAUAUAAGGAAGAUAGAUAUGAUUUUUUUCUUAUCAAUAUCAAUCGUAGAUUGAACACUGAUGAACCAUAUGUCCUAGCCACUCAAGCUCAACAAGUGUAUUAUGUUAAAGACACCAAAGAUCUGAAUUGGCUAGUUGUUGUGAACACAAAGCCCCGUGACUUUUAUGAUAUGCCUUGGGAGGUUAAUAAUGAGCCAUGUCAAGAAAAUGAUGAGAUUGGAUUGGUACAUGAAUUGUGUAAUGAACCAGAUGAUGAACAAGCGAUAUCUUUGGAUAGGAAUGACUUAGAACAACCCACUGUUGAUGGAAGUCCAAUGGUGCAUGUAGAAAAUGUUGAUAAUGAAGAGGAAAGUGAUUAUGAAACUUUAAAUUUGAUAGAAGAUGAGGAAAGUGAUGGCAUCCAUGAUGAGUAUGAUUCUGAUGACGAUUGA